AUGGGCGUCGUCACCAAUGGCAACAAGAAUGGGACCCUCUUUUCCACCGACAUUCUCGCUCUUGCGCUGGACAUUGUGAACCACGUGCCCAAUAUCAAGACGCUGCUCGCCUCCCAGAACCUUCCCGCUCCCAACUUUUCGCCUGACUUGCCCGAGCUGCCCGACACACCCGAAUAUGCCGCCCUGCGCAGCGGACUCGUGGCCUCGCUCGACGAUCUACGCCUGCUCGUCGUCGGCCCGCGGACCACGAUGCGCAGCCUGAUCGGCUCGAGCAACGACCUGGCCGCCCUCCAGGUCGCCUUUGAGUUUGGCUUCUUCACCAUUGUGCCCGUGGCGGAAGCAGAGAGCGUCGCCGUAGAAGACGUCGCCCGGCAAGCGGGCAUGGACGCAGGUCGAGCGCGGCAGGUGCUGAGGUUCCUAUGCACGCAUCGCAUCUUCCGGGAGGUCAAGGACGGCUGGUUCGCACACACGGCAAGUAGCGCGGCCUUUGGGCGGGACGAGAACCUGAUAGGGCUCGGACAAUAUUCAAUGGAUGAUAUGUUCAAGUCCGCCUCCUUCGACGGCCGACUGCAUCAAGGCGUCCUCUCAAGUCUCUGA